AGGCGGAGCUUAAGGGAAACCCUCCAGAUCCGUCGGCUACAGGUUGGAGGCGCGACGCUUUCUUUUCGCAUAUACUGUCGUGCUACCAGUACCAGCCCAAAGAGAAGGAGUGACAAGAAGUUGAAAGUAUCCGUGCGUUGUGUAUGAGAGAGAUUAGAGAGUGAAUUAGAGCCAUAACGUUUAUACACAAGCUGAAGUCGGUGUGGAGCGAUUCACUUUUGGAUCCCCUGCUGUGGCAUGUGCCCGACCUCCACAGUAGCUAUGUGGGAUGAACGGGUCUCGAACCUAUUCCGCCGUAACCUGCAGUCCACCCUUACCUACUGGAGCGUCUUUUUCAGUUUUGGUCUAUGUAUCGCAUUUUUGGGACCCACCGUGCUUGAUCUGCGUUGCCAGACUCACAGCUCCCUGUCUCAGAUCGCCUGGGUCUUUUUCUCCCAACAGUUCUGCCUUUUAGCUGGCAGUUGUCUGGGGGGCUUCUUCAAUAAAACUACAAGAUGCUCCUUGAUCACUUUAUUCACUUCCACACUCUUGAUCUCCGUUGUCUUCAGCAUCAUUCCAGUUUGCUAUGAAGUGGUUCUGCUAGCACUUGUCAUGGCUGUGGCCGGCCUGGCUAUGGGAUGCAUUGAUACCACCUCCAAUGUACAGCUGGUCCAAAUUUACCAGAAAGACUCGGCUGUCUUCUUGCAGGCUCUUCAUUUCUUUGUUGGCUUUGGUGCCCUGCUAAGCCCAUUGAUAGUGGACCCUUUCCUUUCAGAAACCAACUGCAUCCAGUCAAAUGCCACAGCCAAUGCCACAAGAAACUUGAAGCACAUCCGUAAAACCAUCAUACCUCACCAGGUCCACAACACUUCAGCAUUCCAUCUAGAAAAGGAGGGUGUUGCUAUUACACAGGUGUCUUAUGCCUUCUGGAUCAUGGCACUGAUCAAUCUCCCAGUGCCAAUAGCAGUGUUUUACCUUAUGUACAAGAAAGGGGUUGUGGCUUGUUGUAGGAGAAAGAGUACACCACUUCUUCCAGCUGACCAACUGGCUUCAGAGGUGCAGAUGACAGAAAUUCCUUCUGACCCAGAGAAGGCAGAGGCAGAAGCAGGUGGGCAUGGUGCAUUUGACUGCUUUAGCAGCCCCAAACUGGAAGAUGCUUCAUUCCCAUACUUCGCUGUUCACAUCACUGCUGCAAUGGUACUCUUCAUGAGUGAUGGCAUUAUAGGAGCAUAUUCUGCAUUUGUGUACACAUAUGCUGUAGAACAACCCCUUUCCAUAGCGCACAAAGAAGCUGGUUACCUUCCUAGUCUGUUCUGGGCCUUCAUCAUGAUAGGAAGACUCGUAUCGAUUCCCGUGUCCUUCAGACUGAGACCUUCCAUCAUGGUCUUUAUCAACAUGACCGGUGUGAUCCUUACCUUCCUGUUGUUGCUCAUCUUUGUCUAUAGUGAAGUGUUCCUCUUCAUUGGGACUGCCUUUCUUGGACUCUCCCUCAGCAGUAUCUUCCCCAGUAUUCUUGCUUACACUGAAGACAUCCUCAAUUAUAAAGGUUGUGGGACAACUGUGUUGGUGACAGGUGCCGGACUCGGGGAAAUGACACUCCAGAUUUUGGUAGGAUCGAUAAUCCAAUCACAGGGUAGCUAUAGUUUUCUGGUGUGUGGAACCAUAUUUGGAUGCAUGUCUUUCUGGUUCUAUAUACUCCUGGUGUGUUCCCAUAGGAUGUAUAUCCGGGAUGCUUCAGAAAUUCAACAGAAAGACACCACUCAUGGAGAUUCUGGGAUACCGUAUCAGUGACAUAACAGAUUCUAAUCUCCUGAAAUGCAAGCUGAAACAUCAUCCUGUAAACAAGAGGAAAAUGUUAUAACGCCUGACAAGAAUGACUUGUGUUUUGCUGGAGCCAGUAGAUAAAAUGUCUGUGCUUUUCACACCAGAGAACCACUACAGAAUGCAAAAGAAGUGCCCCAUCUUUUACUAGACAUGUUCAAAUAUACAUAGUUCUGCAUCGAAAAUGCAAUUACUGAGACCCAGAUUUUCGAUGCAGUCUUUGAACAUAAGUCAGGAACAAUUAGCUCAGAUAUUGCAGUAUCCACUGCCUAAACCUGAAAUUACCGAACGACAGAAACUGGUUUCUUGUUAAUGUGAUUACCUAGUGCCAAACUGUUACUUACAUAGUAAUAAAUAAAUAAAAGUCAAUAACUAGGCAUAGUCAA